UAAAGUCAGCGAUAGUUGUUAAAAGCCGUCAAAAACCAAAACUAAAGUUAAUAAACUUCUACCAACAAGUGUCGGUAUCUGUGCACCUGCUCAGUUGUUAAUCUACGGCCAAGACGUUUGGACUGCUCAGUUACCUCCGUUCACGAUGGUUCUCUCCAAGCCCCUGUACUCGCUCUUUGGCACUUAUCUGGAGCAACUCUUCAACCAUCCGGUCCGCACCAAGUCCAUCACGGCCUGUGUUUUGGCCACCUCUGCGAAUGUGACCUCACAGCGUUUGGCGGGCGCCAAGACGCUGAACCAGCAGAGCGUCUUUGCCUAUGGUUUGUUUGGCUUGAUCUUUGGAGGCAGUGUGCCGCACUACUUCUACACAACGGUGGAGCGGCUCUUCAAUCAUGAUCUUCGCUUCAGGCGAUUCUUCCUGUUCCUUUCGGAGCGUUUGGUCUAUGCCCCCAUCUAUCAGGCGCUCUCCCUGUUCUUCUUGGCCCUGUUUGAGGGCAAAUCCCCCGCCACCGCUCUGGAGAAUGUUGAGAAGCUGUAUUGGCCUCUGCUGAAGGCCAACUGGCAGUACUUGUCGGUGUUUGUCUACCUAAACUUUGCGUACGUGCCGCCCAUGUUCCGAUCCAUCAGCAUGGCCAUCAUCUCCUUCAUCUGGGUGGUGUACAUUGCCAAGCGGCGACGUCGCUUCCAGGAGAAGCUGGCCGCCGAGAAGAAUGCCACCAAAUAAGCACAUUCCGUCACAAAGACUUUAUACCGGUUGUAGUUUUAUUCCGAUUACUUUGUAGAUUACGGCCUGGGGUUCCUAAUCUCUAAUUGCAAAAAUUCCCUGAGAGUGUGUGAGGAGGGCCUAAGAUAAGCUAAAACUAAAUGCAGAUUGCUUCGUUGUUAUACCUUAAUAUUUUUUGUAAUCUUUUUCGUAAUAAAAAUAAACGUAUUUAUACAAAAGAGAA